CCCGCCUGAAUGAAGACGGCUGCCAUCUUCCGGACUUUUCGUGGAACCACAUCUUUUUUAUUUCCGUCUCGUCCCCUGAACUUUGACAGCUGCCACUCUUCUGUGGAGCCAUGCGACCCGAAAAGAAGAUAAACUCUCACGGAGUGAGAUAUGCGGCGGGAGUUUAUCUAAUUUAAGGUGCCUGGAAGCCUCGGAAACACCGAAAGUGAAACUGAAAGUAAAAACAUCGACCCUGGCGUGAAGGAGCGGCGGUGUGCAGCAACCAGGCAAGGGGUUCAAACUAAACCAGGUAAACAGCUAGUUAACCACCUUCAUCAGAAGAGGAUUGAUCAACCAGAUAACUAGUUAUUUAUCCUCCAGGGUCAGACUCAGCCGAUCGCAGGAAGAUGAACCGGGAUGCGACAUGUGGCCUCUUCAUCCUGGUGCUGGAUGCGGUUCUGGGAGCGGCGCUGUGGGCCGCAGUGCUGCUGCUGCGCUGCUCCCCCAGCUCUCUGAGCCUGGGCACCAUCUGGGCCUUCGGGGCCGUGAAGUGGGUCUGCCUGCGUGCCUUCGCCUCUGUGGUGACUGACGGGAACGUCCCGGCGGUGCUCGGCAGGCUGGCGGCUCUCCUCUGUCUCCUGCCUCCUGUGAUGGAGAGUGGGCGUGUCCUCACGGCGUCUCCACCGGAGACGUACUCCGGACCGUCCCCGGACCUCACGGCGCUGCUGCUGGCUCCGAUGGCCGCCGCGCUGGCCUGCGUGGUUUGGGAAUUGGGCCUGAGCAGCGGUGGGAAGGCACGCAGGCAGAAAGGCGACCUGGACAGCAGACGGCUGCUCUUCAGGAUGCUGAAAUACUUCAGACCAGACACCUUUCACCUGAUCGUAGCUUUCGCUUCCCUCAUCCUAGGAGUCAUCUGUGACUCGUAUGUUCCUCUGUAUCAGGGGAAAGUCAUCGACAUGCUGAAGGGGCGAGAGCUGGACCCCAGCUACGGCCACACCCUCACACAGCUGGUGCUCAUCUACAUCGGGAGUGCGCUGUUCUCCGGCGUGAGAGGAGGGAUGUUCAUGUGCACGUUGGCCCGGCUGAACAAGCGGCUGAAGCACCUGCUGUUUCACAGCCUGCUGCAGCAGGAGGUGCAGUUCUUCGAGGAGAACAGCCCCGGGAGGCUGUGCGCCCGGCUGGACACCGACGUGGACAGGAUGGGCCGCACCGUGGCGCUGAACGCCAACGCGGCGGUCCGCAGCACGGUGAAGGCCUUGCUGAUGCUCAAACUGAUGCUGGGUCUAUCCUGGGAGCUCACCCUCCUCACCUGCAUCGAGAUGCCGCUUCUCGCCAUCGUGCAGAACAAAUACAGCAGCCUGAGCAGAGAGCUGAAGGACCAGCAGCAGCACUGCCAGGCCCGGAUCAAAGACCAGGCCUCCCAGAUCAUCGGCGGGAUCCAGACGGUGCGCAGCUUCAAGGCGGAGAAGGCGGAGCUGAGGCGGUACUGCGAGGCCGUGGCGCAGCUCAGCGCCGUCAAGAGGCGUUCGGGAGUCAACAGUGUGGUUUUCGUCCUGAUCCGCAGGCUCAUGGCUGUGGGUCUGCGGACCCUCAUGCUGGUCCAGGCCCGCAACCUCAUCCUGUCGGGUCGCCUCAGCAUCGGCAGCCUCGUCUCGUUCCUCAUGUACCAGAAGCCCAUGCUGAACAGCAUGAAGGAGAUUUUGUACAGCUUCGGCGACACGGUUUCCACCAUCGGAGUGAUUUCCAAGGUCUUCGGCUACUUCGACAGAACGCCGCAGUGUCAGCCGGCGGGCGAUCUGGCGCCCGAGCGGCUGCAGGGAGGCAUCGUUUUCCGAGACGUCACCUUCAGUUACCCCUCGGCUCCGGAUAAACCGGCCCUGAAGUCCGUCUCGGUGGAGCUGGCCGCCGGGAAGAUUACGGCCCUCGUCGGGCCCUCCGGCAGCGGGAAGACCUCGUUCGUCAGCCUCCUGAAGCGGCUGUACGAACCUCAGGAGGGGCAGAUCCUGCUGGACGGGGAGCCGCUUCACCACUACAAACACAAGUACUUCCAUCAGAGGGUGACUCUGGUUUCCCAGAAUCCCGUGCUGUUCACCGGCUCUCGGAGGUACAACAUCGAGUACGGCCUGCAGGGCUGCACAGAGGAGAAGCUGAGGGACGCGGCGAGGAAGACGAACGCCGUGCAGCUGCUGUCCCACGUGGAGGACGAGCUGGACUCGGAUGUCGGCGAGGGCGGGGCCAAACUGGCGGGGAGCCAGAAGAAGUGUAUCGCCGUGCUCAGGGCGCUGGUUCGAGACCCGCAGGUCGUCAUACUGGACGAAGCCACCAGCAAGCUGGACGUGGACACGCAGCGCGCCGUCCUGCAGGGGGCCCUGUCCAGGGGCCGGACGGUCCUGCUGGUGUCCCACCAGCUGCAGACGGUGGAGAAGGCCGAUCACAUCAUCUACAUGGAGAACGGAGCCGUGGUGGAGGAGGGGACGCACCAGGAGCUGAUGGCCAGGAGGGGGCGCUACUACCACCAGAAGGAGGAACUGUUCGCUCAGGAGGGAAACCUCUGAAGACAUCAUGAGAAACAUGAUGCUGUUAUUUUGUGGAUUUAACAGAUAAGUGUUUAUAUGCUGACUGGACGUUUUUUUUUUUAAAGCUCAUCAUUUAGUUUUAAGUGUCAGAAAUUAAAACUCUUUAACAGAAGAAUGAGGGACCUGGGUUUGCUCAGGUCGUUGAUCCUGGACACACCUGCAGAGUCACCUGACGUAAAGGUGGGCGUUCUUCUGUUCUCUCGGACACUGAAGAGCAGUUUGUGGUGAAUCCUGGAGGGACGUCUGGCUGUGAUCCAGCUCUUUGUCUGCAUGCCGUCGCUCUUCACGUCCACAGUACAGUUGUUUAAAACGUGACCGACCUCUUCUGUUAUCAGAGUCCUGGUGUGACCCGACUCUCAACACGCCGAGGGGACGUCCACCUUUUCAGGCCUGUUAAAUGUCAACGUGAAGCCACUCUGGAGGUUUUCCUGCAUGAGCUUCAUUCACGGUCGACCGGCACGCUCAGCUUUGCAUUUAACUAUUGAUAAAAAAAUAAACGGUAAUAACCUCAAGAUGUUUUUUUUUGUUUUUAAUAAUGUUUUUUAAUACAGAGUGAAGAAUCAAACCACUUAGGGGAGAUGGUGGAACUGUAAAAGUUCUGCAGACAGUUGAUUAUUGUAUAUCCUAAAAGUCCUGUAAGGCAGCACCGAGCAGGAUUUGUGUUACUGUAAAGGAUCGGCCCCCCCUCCAGAGAGGAGGAAGCAGGUUCGAGUCCAACCCCCCUGCAGAUGAAGGCCUCUUAUCUGCUCUCUGAGGAAACUCAAAGUGCUGAGUCAGCCUCACUCAGCUGUUCUUCUGCAACUGUGUUUUUAAUGCAGCUCUGAAAGCCACUCGGCUUUGAAAACUUUUCUUUUAAUGUCUGUAGUGAGUGUUUUUUUUUUCUCUUUAACACACCGGUAAGCAUGUUAAUAAAACACACUCAUGUGGGUCUGCUGUUUGAAACGUUGCAGAAUUAAACACUCAUCUGUU